AUGCGUCUGCAUAGUUAUACUCGAGGAUUUGAUAUCAAUAAUGGAUGCUUCAACAUUGUGGCAGACCAGCCGCUUACUACCCAGUAUAAGGAUUUCAAAGUUGAUAAUAAUUUUGUUGAUUGCUCUGCUUCUAAUCCUCAAUUCAAAUUGUCUAUUGCGGGAGGAACACAAGAUCAAGGAAUUGCAGAGGAAAACGACCUUUCAAAAGAGAGGGAACUUGCCAAGAAAAACGGCCUUACAGAGGGAAAUGACCUUACAGAUGAGGAAGGACUUGCAGAGAAGAACAAUAUUGCACAGGAAGAACUACUGAACCCGUUGGCUUGCAAUAUCCCCGCAUUACAAACUUAUUCACAGUUCGUGAGUGCCAUAAAAACUCUCGAGACACACUGCAACCACCCAACAACGGUCGGAGGGCCGCCAAAGGGAAAACCGGACGCAAGGAAAAUCAUUUGCAUGGACGAAAGGUUCAGGAUCGACCCCGAAAACUGCACUGUGUUUUCCUUCGGGAUCAACCGGGAUUUCAGCUUCGAAGACGGCAUGGGACGCUACGGCUGCCAGGUGUUUGCAUACGACCCCACAAUGGGCGUGGAAGAUCACCAGCGUUCGGAAAAAGUGAGAUUCUUCGCUACUGGAAUUUCGAAUUAUAAUGGAACGAAAUUAGUUGGUAUGGGGAAGUCCUGGUCUAUGCAGAAGGUGGACAGGUUCGAGAACCUGGUGAAGGCCGUCGGCAUGGAAGGGAGAACCAUCGACGUCGUGAAGCUGGACGUGGAGUUGGCGGAGAUAGAUUUCCUGCAGGACAUGCUGUUCAACUCUCGCCAUGUGCUCAAGAACAUCAAGCAGAUAGCCAUGGAGAUUCAUUCGGAUUUAUACAAAAGAGACGUCGGUCAGCUGUCAUCCCAUCAGGUCUUCUGGCCUUACCUCAACCUGAUGAGAUGCGCUGGAUUCAAGCUCAUCACAACGAGGUCCGGAGGGAAGUGGAGAGAGGUGGUCUGGGCGCAAGAGAAGCUGUGGUGAUUUUCCUCCGCGAAGCCGGGUGUGCGAGAGAGGCCAAGAUGCCUUGGUUCGGCGAUA